UCAGGUCGCUCUGGUCUGUCUGCUGACACCGCUUAUCCUUCCCGUCCUAUCCUACACACCGGUCAAGAUGGCAUCAGAUGAAGGAAAACUCUUUGUUGGUGGACUGAGUUUUGAUACUAAUGAACAGUCAUUGGAACAAGUCUUCUCAAAGUAUGGACAGAUUGCUGAAGUUGUUGUUGUGAAAGACAGGGAGACUCAGAGAUCCAGAGGUUUUGGCUUUGUCACAUUUGAGAACAUAGAUGAUGCUAAAGAUGCCAUGAUGGCCAUGAAUGGAAAGUCUGUUGAUGGGCGGCAGAUUAGAGUUGACCAGGCAGGCAAAUCAUCAGAAAAUCGGUCCCGCGGAUAUCGAGGGGGUUCAUCCAGUGGCCGAGGCUUCUUCCGUGGAGGCAGGGGUCGAGGCCGUGGUUUUUCUAGAGGAGGUGGAGACCGCGGUUAUGGGGGGAGCAGAUUUGAAUCGAGAAGUGGUGGAUAUGGAAGUUCCAGAGACUAUUACAGCAGCAGCAGGAGUCAAGGAGGCUAUGGUGACCGGUCUUCAGGAGGGUCUUACAGAGACAGCUAUGACAGUUAUGCUACACACAACGAGUAAAAAUCCUUCCUGAAUCAAGAUCGUCCUUCCAAUGGCUGUAUUUAUAAAGAUUUUUGGAGCUUCGCUGAAUCGUUAUUGUGUAGUACCCAUCUACUUGUAUUCACUUUUGUAGUAUUAUCAGUUCUGAUCUUGUCAAACACAGCCUGACAGCUUCGGACAUGAGAUGGCCUAAUUAGACUUUUCUUUUAAGAAAGCUCUUGUCUGUUCUCGAGUGUUUUUUUUAAAAAGCAUUUUGAAAGCACUUCGGAUUUUUUUUCUUUUCGUCAUGAGCCAAGGUGUGGUGGUUUUCUUUAUUGUUUUUUUUUCUUUUGGUUUUGUUUAAAAAAAAAUUUUUUUUUAAUCUUUUUACAACAAAACUUGUGAAAUUGGGGGCCCUGGUUCGGUUUUCUUUGAGCUAGAAAAGGACCUUAAAUUCAUUGUUCACGGGAAGCUGAACAAGCUGUGGAGGUUUGGCUUUUUUUUUGUUUGUUUUUGUUUUAUUUUCUGUUUUAUUUUUUUAUUUUUAUUUUUUUUUUAAGUGCGUUACCUUCAACUUUUUGUAACCUUCCUUUAGUGUAGCAAGGUAGGAAUGCAGCCGUGAGGGUUUGUGGAGAGGCAGACCACCUUGGUAUAUCUAAAGAGAAACUGCUUGUAUGUUCACUCUGCAUAAAGGUAUUUUUACUGUAUACUGUAAAUUACCCAGAAAUAGACUUGCAAACUUUCCAUAAAAGAGGUUCUUGAAAAUGUUUAUUUAUAUUGUCCUUUUUUUACUGGAAGAAGUAUGCAUAUUCCAUUGAUAUUGUAUUUGAAGUGGUUAAGGAAUUCUUGUAUACAGUUUUCUUUGGCUUUACGAAGCCUAUUAAAAGACCGUCUGAAAUGAACUGUGCUCCUGACAUUUACCUUUCCAUGCACAACACACUCCUUUGCUGGAUGUCUGACGUUUUGACAGCAAGUGACAAAGCAGAUCACAGAGCAGAGAGUAUAGGUAGAGGACAAACUUCUGACCAGCAGAAACCAAACUGAAAAAUUCAAAAACCCAGUACUGGUCCUGGCAUUUGAGUACUACAUUAAACAUAGCUUCACUCUUUGAGGAUGACAACCUGUUGCACUGUUGUCUGCAUGGCCAGACACGUGGAAUAGGUGAGCCUUAGCUGUAAUUGUAUUUGUGUAACGACUCAUUUGGAAGCCAGAGGACUGGUGGCGAGUUUAAUCCAGUAACCGUUGAGCACCAUUGUAGCAAAACAUUGACUGAUUUUAGUCUAGAAUCGAGUGGUGAUAACUGGAAUAGUACAGUGUUCCAAGGUAGAUGAGGAAAAAUCAACAACAAAGAAAUUGACUUAUUAGCUAGCUUUGUCCUUGCCUUACAAGUUCUAAGAAUUCUCUGCUAGCAUAUGGAAACUGCAGUGUCCCUGGAGAAAAGAAGUGUUGUGCCUCCCAACAGAGAAACCUCUGAGACGAAGGCUGCUUUCUUGGCUAGUUCAUAUGUGGAAAUAGUCCUGUAAUUCGAGGUUGAAGAAAGUGAAGCAAUAAUCUCCAGGAAGUUGGCCGAGCACCAUGGUGUCUGACCUAAGGACUCCUUAGAGGCAGCCAUUGAAGCCUACUUGUGCUCAUGCACUCCCUCCCUUAUCUGAAAUGGUUUCCUGGGGAGGCAGAGAACUUGAGACUUGACCUGGAUAACUUAUUAAUGAACUUCAGAGAAGACCAAAAAAUAAACUAUGAAUUGCACUUCAGAAAAUGAGGCCUGUGAAUAUUAUAAUAUUGUUGGAAGAAUAAAACCAUUAGAAAACUGCUCGUCUGUAAUAACUCAUUUGAAAUUGGAAAAUCAGAUUAGAAUAAAUGCCUCAAAAUGGAAAUAAGAA